AUGUUCCAGCUUCUGGGUCCAGGUGGUCCUGUCAUUGCUGUAGUUGGUGAAGAUGUUGUCCUGCCCACUCACCUCAAACCCAACAUAAGUGCAGAGGAUAUGCGCAUAGAGUGGUUCAGACCGCAGCACAGAGACCCACUGGUGCAUCUCUACCUUCUGGGAGAGAGCAGGAAUGAGCCCCAGAACCCAUCGUACAGCGGAAGGGCCGCACUCUUCCCUGAGGAACUGAGGAAGGGCAAUACGUCUCUGAGGCUGGGCAGGGUCCAGGUCUCUGAUGAGGGGCAGUAUUCAUGUUACAUUCAGUCCAAGUCUGACAAUAAUUACCGCAUCAUGGUUUCACUGGAAGUAAGAGCUGUAGGAACUGAGCCAGUGAUCUUCAGGGAAGCAGAUGAAGAAGUGGAGGUUGGCCUGCUGUGUGAAUCUAAAGGCUGGUAUCCUCAGCCUGACCUCAUCUGGCAGGACAGUGAGGGUCACAAUCUCACCACUGAGAAACCCGAGAUACUCAGGGACAGCCUGGGCCUCAUUGUCAUAAGAACACGUGUCGUCAUAAAGAGAGAAGGCAGCAGCACAUUCACCUGUCGAGUUCUGCAGCAGAAGCUCCAUGAGGAAAAGGUGACAGAGUUUUACCUCCUUGAUGCGUGUCAAAGCCGUCCAUGGAGAGCUGCCUUUGCUGUCACUAUGACUGCACUUACUCUCUUGGGCAUCGUCCAGUGUGUGUUCAUCCAUCGCUGGAAGAAAAGCCAUCAUCCUCCAGGGAUACGAAAUGAGACACAGAGGAAGAAGUGGAAAUAUAUAGAUUAAACUAAAGAUAAGAUAAAACUACCUGUUUUGUAUGACCUUGAUAUGCACUGUUUUAUAUGAGCUUGAUAUGCACUGUUUUAUAUGACCUUGAUAUGCAGUGUUUUAUAUGACCUUGUUAUGCACUGUUGUACAGUGUUUUGUUUUUUACAUUGAAUAAAAGCUUCU